AUGGACGACGAGUUCAGACGACAGAACGAGGGCCAAGGCGAUGGGAACUUGGCCCAGUCCCUCCAGCGCCUGUCUAUCGCAACCUCCUCGCCCACCAGAACACCCCGCUCUGCACGUCCCACCGGAUCGGCCCCCCUCAGACAAGUCGCCGACCAGUCGCCCACUGCUAGACGACCCGAGAGUGCGAUGCGCAGUCCGCUCCGGAGCACUUCCGCUUCGGUCAUUUCGUCUUCGUCUCGUUCCAACACCCCGACUCUACUGCGCAAGGCGUCUAUGAACUCGCUACAUUCCGGCAACGGGGUUACACCAUCCCGACGAAGCAGCACGGCCAAUAUUCUCUCCUCCAGCAGCGCCAACAGGGCAAGAUCCGGCCGAUCGCCUCUCCGAAGCUUGUCCCCCGAGAUCCCAGAGAAGCCCAUCCCGACGCCCCAUUCCGUCGCCAGCGACCAUUUCAAGGCUGAGCUCAACAUCCACCAUGGCCCCGAGCCUACCCGCCGCGCCGAGACCGUCGUCGUUCUUCAAGAUGCCUGUUACGGGCACCGGUUCUCGCGCCCUCGCUCGUCGCGCAACCACCUCAGCACCAUCGUUGAGCGCCCCGAGCGAAUCAAGGCUUGCGUCUUGGGUGUGUCGGCGGCGUACGUGAGACUGGGCGAACGACAUGAGGACGGCGCAUUCCCCCUUCUGCCAGAAUCAGAUGCUGCAUCGCUGCCUUCGAUUCCCUUUCGUAUUCAGAGAUCGAACCGGCGCCUGUCCCUGAGUUCACCUGCGGUUACCAACGUGCACGGGACCAAGUGGAUGGAGGAGCUCAAGAUCAUGUGCAACACGGCCGAGGGGAAGUUGGCCGCGGGCGGGAAAGAGCUUCAGCGACCGGAUAUGGACCGAGGGCCGAAUACAGGAGCCCCGCAGAAGUUCCACGAGGGCGACCUAUACCUCUGUGACGAGUCAUUGGCAGCAAUGGAGGGGGCGCUUGGUGGUGUUUGCGAUGCGGUUGAUGCCGUUUUCACGCCCCAAGGCCCCCAGAGGGCGUUUGUGGCGAUUCGCCCACCGGGACACCACUGUUCUGCUUCGCACCCUUCUGGGUUCUGCUGGAUCAACAAUGUCCAUGUGGGUAUCAUGCACGGCGUGCUCAGCCACGGCUUAACGCACGCCGCGAUCAUCGAUUUUGACCUCCACCACGGCGACGGCUCGCAGGCCAUCACCUGGGAGCACAACGCGCGAGGGGUCGGCCUGGCUAAGAACGCAGCUUGGUGGAAGAAGACGUCGAUCGGCUACUUUAGCCUGCACGAUAUCAACUCUUACCCAUGCGAGAUGGGCGAUGCAGACAAGGUUAGGAACGCGAGUAUUUGCAUCGACAACGCGCAUGGUCAGAGCAUCUGGAACGUCCACCUGGAUUCCUGGAAAACAGAGGCCGACUUCUGGGCUCUGUAUGAGUCCAAGUACGGUGUCCUGCUCGAGAAAACGCGCGCUUACCUGAGGAGUCACACGGAGCGUCUGAGGGCGUCCGGUCUGAACUCGAAGGCCGCCAUUUUCUUGUCGGCCGGCUUUGAUGCAAGCGAGUAUGAGAGCCAGGGCAUGCAGCGCCACAGCGUCAACGUGCCCACCGAAUUCUAUGCCCGCUUUACCCGCGAUGUGGUCCGCAUUGCCGCAGAAGAAGGAACCAGCGUGGAAGGUCGCAUUAUCAGUGUUCUCGAGGGAGGCUACAGCGACCGGGCGCUAUGUUCCGGUGUGUUUAGCCAUCUCUGCGGUCUCGCUGGGGAUGGGCCGAGCAACAAGGAUCAAGAGUUCAACGGCCCCGCGUCGGAGGGUAUCCAGCAACGUGCCCGGAAGGACUCGUCUGCAAGCGAACGUGGUGCUCGACGGUAUGAAUCGUCAUGGUGGUCUGCUGCGGAGCUGGAUGAGCUCGAGGCCACUCUAACUGCGCCCGUGCCGAUCCCGAAACCCGUUCGGACUUCCCCCCCUCCCACCUACUCCUCUCCGACGCAGGCCUCGCAGGCGAGGUCCAUCAACCCGAAGCGGAGUUUGUCCGGACUGUCGCAGGCCGCGGGUAACGGAGUGCCUAGAAUCUCAUUCCAGCCCCCGCCGCCUCCCGACGUACCGUGGACCAUCGCAACAACCGAAUUAAGCAAGAUUCUCAUCCCAAGCACCCGACAGACAAACAGUUGCACAGCGGAAGAGCUCAAUGCUGAAGCUACCCGGAUGAGGCGUGAGCGGGCCAUCCUCGCAGGUUCCAUGAUGCCUCCUGCUAUUGCCCCACCUGCAGAGGACCGGCCGCCGACAAGGAAGGGCCUGAGAGAGCGCAAGCCGAAACCGGCUCCCGUGGAAGAUGACCUGGAGCGGAAGAACAGACGGAAAACCGUGGCAAACCCGACUGAUCUUGCCCUGGAAGCUGGUUCGCGCGGGACUACUCCCAUUUCGGGGAAACAAUCGCGAGCUUCAAGACGCCUUAGCGCGGCGUCGACGGUUGUGUCCUCGGAAGGGUCAGAGGCCGUGCCACCACUUCCUCAGGGUAUUCCCACUCGCCCCGGUUCGAAGCCUGAUUCUGACGUGGCUGGAUCCGACGGCGGGACUCUCAAUGUGAAGAAGACACGGGCUCCAGCGAGAAAAGAGCCAGUUCCUCGCGCGCCCAGGGCGAAGAAGACUGCUGGGACAGCCAAGACCGCGGUGCCACCCAGUUCCUCGGCCGUUACAAGUCCCCAGCCAGUGGAGAAGACUGGGGACGGGGUCGACGAACUAACUGGUGGGAUGAAGAAGAUCAAAAUUACACUCGUCACGAAGGCGCAAAGGGAAGCACGCGAAAGGGAACGGCACUUACGAGAGCAACUUGGCCAGGCGGACACGAUCUCAGUUCCCACGCCGCAGGGAGAGGGGGCGUCUCAUACCGAGGCCACUCUGUCGCUGGACACGACAACGGCUUCUAAUCCACCUGCCGAAGAUGCCCAGCACCUCCCCACUCCCAGCCUGUCUCCCACACCACAACCUCCAGCAACCCAAGUCCACGCUCCCAUCAACCCCUCUACGCCCGUGGUCGAAGAGGCGCCGUCUUUCAUCUCGCCACCACAUACCGACCCUCGUCAAACCACUCUUCCAACAAGCUCGCCCCCGCUACCUCAUCAACCGCCCCCCUCCUCCACAUUAGGACCUAACAUCACGGACAUGAGCAGCCCCGUCUCCGAGACACCAUCAUCCCAAAUACCACAAAGCGACGUAUCCGGGGAUAACUUCAUCCCUUACCAACCCGAGGGUCCCCCUCCCCUUUCCAACGCCACAAACGCCCGGCAGCAGCAACAUCAGCAUCAGCAACAGCAAUAUCAAAACCACGCUGGCCAGCCGCCGCAACCCAAACAGUUCCAGUGGUUACCCCCCAACUCAUUUACCACACCAGUCCCGUCACCAGCCAGGAGUAAGGGUGAUCUGCCUGUGUUUAGUAGCACUGGCGUGAUUCCGUUUGCGCCGCGACUGGCGGGGGGGCAGGUGCAGGUACAGGGACAAGGACAACAGACUCCUGGGCAGUGGCAGCAGACGAAUGGGCAGUGGCAGCAAGUUCGUGGACCGGGACAGGGACAACAGACUCAUGGACUAGAACAGGGGCAGGAGAAGAAUGAGCAUUAG